AUGAGAUCCGACGCCUUCCAAACAGCUAAGAUUUAUCGCCAUCUUCUCAAGGCGAUCAAGAAACAUAUUGGGAAGGAAGAGAACAAGAGUCAUUUUUUAGAAUUUGUAACCUCAGAGUUCCGUAACAACCAAAAUUUGUCUGACGGUGUGGCUGUCCAACAGAAAAUAAAACUUGCUCGUGAUUAUACUUUUCUUCUUAACAGUGUACACCAUCAAAAGGAUUUGCUCUUUUCAUACAAUAUUGCCGUGGAUAGAUCAGAUGAAGUGAAAAGGACUCUUGGAAAAUCUGCUUCAAGCGUUGGUCUUCGGCUUCCUGAGGUUUAUCAGGCAUAA